UACUUUGAGACAGGAGCAGGAGUCAGUCUGCGCUGUGAUUCCUCUGGUUCCUGUGGUUCCACUGGUUCCUCUGGUUCUCUGGUUGAUCCCAGUUUUUGAAAUGGCUCAGGAGAAUCUGUCGGUGGUGCUGCACGCCCAGGGAGACCUCAGACUGGAAAAGCUUCCGAUUCCAGAGCCAGGGCCUGAUGAUGUCCUGCUCAAGAUGCACUCUGUGGGAAUCUGCGGGUCAGACGUUCACUACUGGCAGCACGGACGAAUCGCAGACUACGUGGUCACCAAGCCGAUGGUGCUGGGGCACGAGGCGGCAGGGCAGGUGGUGAAGGUCGGCUCGGCAGUCAAGCAUCUUAAAGUGGGGGACAGAGUGGCCAUUGAGCCCGGCGUCCCCCGUGAGAUGGACGAGUUCUGUAAAAGCGGACGAUACAACUUGUCUCCCACCAUCUUCUUCUGUGCCACGCCCCCUGACCACGGAAACUUGUGCAGAUUCUACAAGCACAGCGCCAACUUCUGCUACAAGCUGCCUGAUAAUGUGACAUAUGAGGAGGGAGCUCUGAUUGAACCUCUGUCUGUGGGGAUCCACGCCUGCCGCAGGGCCGGCGUCACCCUCGGCAGCACCGUGCUCAUCUGUGGUGCAGGGCCCAUUGGGUUGGUGUGUUUACUUGUGGCCAAGGCGAUGGGGGCCUCACAGGUCAUCAUCACUGAUCUGUCCCCAGAACGUCUGACGAUGGCCAAAGAGCUAGGAGCGGACUUCCAGGUGACAGUGAAGAGAGAGGACGAAGCCAAGCAGCUCGCCAAGCGGGUGGAGGACAUGCUCGGAGCUCCGCCUCAUAUCACUAUUGAAUGCAGUGGUGUGGAGAGCAGCAUCCGGACGGCCAUCUAUGCUACACGCUCGGGAGGCGUAGUGGUGCUGGUGGGACUCGGCUCUGAGCUGGUCACUAUUCCUCUGAUCGAUGCUGCUUUGAGAGAAGUGGACAUCAGAGGAGUUUUCCGCUACUGCAACACCUGGCCGAUGGCGAUCAACAUGCUGGCGUCAGGUAAAGUGAACGUGAAGCCCCUGGUGACUCACCGCUUUCCCCUGGAGCAGGCAGCCCAGGCCUUUGAGACCACGCGUCAGGGGGUUGGGAUAAAGGUCAUGUUAAAGUGUGACCAGAACGACCAGAACCCCUGAUCUGACCCCAGUGCAGUGGAAACAAACAAGAGCGACUCAGCAUGACGAGCUGACAACUAGAAACUGGACAUUGACCCCAAGAGAGAUAAUAGAGGUAGUUUAAAGAAACGCGAAUAACAGAACUGACGGUUGUUUCACCUGCAGAUCAUACAGAGUUAAAUGGUACGAAUAAUAAACAUUUUAAUUUCUUUACAUUGCUGCUAAUUUUGUUUGUUUACACAAAGUUAUUAAACUUUUUAAUAAUACGAAUCUUAAA